AUGCCAACCUAUCGAAGCAUCACCCUUACCUUGCACUCGCAGUUCGAUAUCGAGACGUUGCCCGAAUAUCUUCCUCGUCCGCAAGCAUACUAUACCGAGCGCGAUAUAGUUGGCAAUGUUCCGCCUCUUAUUGACGAAAAGGCCUCGAUAUGCAGUGUCUACGUCCCGGCGCUGCCUGGCAGCCAAUUCUGGAUCGGCUACUCGGUGUCGCCGCCGGUGCCUGAAGACCAGCAGUUUCUUUUCAAGCUCUUCAUCAACGGCACGCAUAUCGUGAGUUGGUCUACCGGAAAAGAGGAGAGGUGGAGGGGAAAGACAAUGUUUGGGCUGUAUGAGAGGGAGGACGAGAGCGGGAAGAGGCGGACUGAGAAAAGAGUGCUGUGCUUUACAUCGCCCGAUAAGAAAGAUGGGCAGUGGAAAGACGUUCCAGAUGCGUUUGACGAGGAGUCUUACAUGGAGCUACGAGUGCAUCGUGCACACGCAAGGAAGAGGAUCGAACGGAAGAUUGAGGAUUUCAAGAAGACGGAACAUGCGAAGAGCAGACGCGGAGUAGACCUCGUGAAUGCAGGUCGCGCCGGGCCGGAACAGCCAAAGCGCUUCUACAAAUUUGCGCUUAUCGACCCUACCGAUCAGCCAUUCGCUACCUUCCGAUAUUACUACCGCACUUGGGAACAGAUCAAUCAGCUGGACUUGUUGAAGGACGGUGUCGGCGAGCCCGGAGAUGACACAGAUAUGUCCGUGAUCGAGCCGUAUGAAGGCCCCGACAUGGUGCCGCAAGAGCCGGAGGGGAGCGAAGGAGUGAUUGAGGGAGAGCCAGGGGACGUCUUUGGGCCGAGUGACGAGGGCACAACCGAUUUCCAGCCACGCGCAUAUGUUCCUUCUGGUGCUCCGGGCUCGCGUACUUCCGGAAGGUACUCGAUUGAGCAAGCUUUAGCUGAGUGUCACAGCGGCGGCGUGACUCUACCGCAGUUCUACCGUCUCUCUAUUCCGCCAUCUUGCCGGCUUUACCCGCCCGCACCUUCAUCGCGACCGCUCCCGUCUCUCCCCCGAAAGAAUGACACGUCGCCCCGCGAGACGAGUUACCGGCCUCAUCCAGCGUAUCCAGUCGACGAGUGGGCUAUAAGGACACCGAGCCCCGUCAAAUCGAUCCGCGACGGUAUAUCAACGCCGCCUUUGGGCAAAAGAAGGGGCUUCACGCCUACGUCGCUGAUGAACGCUAUUGCGACCACGUGGAAGCGUCGGGGAACACCGAGCUCAGAGUUGACAAGCGACUCAGGCAGCAGGAAUGCACCCAGGAGCGUUUCCCGAGGGGAUGGAUAACCAGUUGAAUGAAAGGGAGUCUCGGAGGGGGUUGCUUGCAUUGGGAAGAGAGGCGGCAGAAUCAGUGCAUUGCACGCGUGGCCCCGAGGAAGCGUGAUGGAGGCAUCGUUCUGGAGCUUCUGCAGUCGAGGAGCGUCCAGCGCUUGUAUUCAAA